AUGAGCGGACUAACCAACUCACUCAAUGCUGAGUUACUUCAGCUGUCAAAUGAGGCAAGACGUAAACAUCCAGAAAUUAAAGAGGCAGCCGAGAGAUCUAUAUACAUACUACGCACGUUAAAAGAACGUCCAGGAAUGGAUAUCACUCAAGAGCUUGCUAAAAAUGUUGAUUUCUUGCGACCAUUUUUACUCGCUUGUGAAACAAGACAUGCAAAAUUAAUUACUAUCUCGAUUGGUUCAAUUCAAAAAUUAAUAUCACAUCAUGCUAUUCCAGAGUCGUCAGUGAAGACAAUUCUCAAAACAUUGAACGACAUAAUCUCUCAGGGAGUCGAAGUACAGCUAAAGAUUCUACAAACGUUACCCCCGUUACUGAACAAUUAUUCGACUUUAACUGGAGAUCUGUUGGUCGAAGGAUUACUUGUGUGUUUCCGACUACAAGACUCCAAAAUAAUGGCAGUGAAUAAUACCGCAGCGGCGACAUUACGGCAGCUGGUAAUUAAUAUUUUUGACAAGGUUGAAAAGGAAGAUGAGAUUAUCGAAAAAAAUGCAGGUUCAAUAAAACCAACCUCGACAGUGGUUUCCGUUCAUGGACAUGGCGAAAUUGCGCUUAGACCUUGUGCUAGAGAUGCGUAUUUUUUAUUUCAGGACUUGUGUUUAUUGACUAAUUUGGAGCCGGCCACGUUUUUGCGACUGAAUGCUUUGCCGAGGACUUUUGGAUUGGAAUUGAUUGAAUCAGUGUUGACCAAUCAUCUAAGACUUUUUAAAAAGCAUCCGGAAUUUUUGUCUGUAUUGCGAGAGCGCAUAUGCCCGUUAAUAAUUAAGACUUUUUCGGAUAAGCACGAUUUCCCGCAAACCAUGCGCUUAAUGCGUGUUGUAUAUAUACUAAUUAAACAGUUUAGCGAGAUUUUGGUAACAGAAUGUGAAAUCUUUCUAGCAAUGUUUAUAAAAAUUUUGGAGCCCGAAAACCCAUUAUGGCAGCGUGUAAUUGCAAUGGAAAUAUUUCGGGGUGUGUGCGGUGGGGAUGGAGUAUUCUUAAGAUCUAUUUAUCGAUGGUACGAUCGACAAGAUAAUUCGACAAAUGUGUUCCGGGAUAUGAUUAAUGUUUUUGGUAGGCUGGCGGCCGAGAAACCGCAAGUAGUGGGUGUUAGUUCUGUAGUGGGACAAAUUCAUCAUCAAUCUCUCGAGAAUUCGGAUGUUACAGGUGUUAAUAGCCUGGGUGCUGAUGCCCCUGGAUUGAGC